UUAGAAAAUGUAGAAAUUAACAUCAUGAGUUCCAAUGCAAAUAGUUAUCUUGCACUAUGCAAAAAUUCAGUUCGAUUUGAUGCAGUUACAGCUGUCAACAAUGUUUUCUUUGAUGAAGCGAAUAAACAGAUAUUUGCUGUUAGAUCUGGAGGUGCAACAGGUGUGAUUGUCCGUGGUCCUGAUGACAGAACUUCACAUAGUUUUAGGUUGAAUGAUAAAGGAUCCCUGAUAUCAAUCAAGUUUUCAUAUCAUCAUAAAAUACUGGCUUUGCAACGAUCGGAGACUAGUAUUGAAUUCGCAAACAUUGAAGAUGGGAGCCCAGAUCCAUCUGAAUAUUCACAAUCAAGCAAGGGCAAAAAUAACAAGAUUUUGACAUUCCAUUGGAUAAGUACACAUGAAAUAGUGAUGGUGACGCAGAGUGGCAUUGAGUUUUAUCAGAUAAAUCAAGAUAAACGUCAAGCAAAGCUGCUGAAAAAUUAUAAUUUUCCUGUUAACUGGUCAAUAUUUUUGCCUGAAUCUGCAGUUUUGCUUUGCUCAACUUCACCAAAAGGAACUGUUAUUUGUCCAUUCUACUUUAAGAAUAGUCAAAUAUUAAGACUUUCAAAAUUUGAUGUCGACCGAUCAAUACCAUCAUCAAGCGAAGCAAGGAUCGAAUUAUUUGAACGGGAUGUCACAAUGGUUAAUCUGUAUUCCAGUUUGUACAUAGCUGUCUUGAAGCAUCCGCCAUCACAAUCAAUUUCAGGAACAGAAGUGAAUCUUUUUCUACUCAGCAGAGAAGCACCAGCAAAGAAAGUGUAUAGCUUGAUAACUGGAAUGUCUGGUAGAUUUGCAAUAAGUGUUGUGGAUAGUUUAGUUAUUGUUCAUCACCAAGCUUCUAAGACUUCAAUGAUAUUCGACAUCAAACUUCCAGGAAACACAUCAAAUUCAGUAACUUACCUCAAGCCUGUGAUAGCUCCAUUGCCAAUUGCUUCACAUAAACUUUCUGUUGCUGGAUUUGGUUUGAAUGCCCCGACUUCAGAAGUUGAAUGCCAGCUCUAUGCCCCAACUUGGAUUGUUUUUCAGCCGAAUAUUAUAAUUGAUGCUGCUUUAGGUUGUAUGUGGUUUCUACAAAUUAAACUCGAUGCAAUUUCUACUCUUUUUCAAAACGUGGUUCAACUAUUUGAUUUUUUGCUGCUAAGGCGAGGAAGUAAAGCUGUUAUGUUGAAAGUAUUGAAGAAAAUGCUGCUCUCUGAUAAUGAAGGAUCAUCAUACAAAAAUAUUGCAGCAGUAUUUGAUAAAUUAAAUACAGUUUACAAGACUUAUACUGAAGCAGAACAAGCUUACCUACAAAUGAGGAGACAAGAGGCAGCUUCGGGUUCAGCAAGUUCGAGUACUAUUAACAAUGUUCCACCUCAUCGUAUGCAAGUUGUUGUUGAUCAGAGUGAUAUGUACACUCAUGUAUUAUCAGUUCUUGCAAGACAGAAUGGGAUUGAUCAAAUUUAUGUUUGUCAAGUAGUCGUUGAAUACAUCAGAUCGUUGGAUCAAAAUAAGUUGACGAUUCAGCAUUAUUUAUAUGAACUGAUUAUACACGCACUCAUAACAAGUAAAAAUUAUCAUCAACUUCAACAAUAUAUUCAUUAUAAUUUGAUUGCCGAUUCAAGAAUGAUAGCCGGUUAUUUAUUGUCAUUGGAAUCGUCUUAUCCUCCUGUUUAUCAAAUAGCUUUGGAUAUGUACAAGAGAAUUUCAACAACAAAUGAUGAGAUUGUUGACAUACUUCUUGCGAAACAUAAGAUACUUGAAGCUAUUAGGUUUGUUAAAUCUGUAUCAAUGCAUGAUUCUGUUUCUGCGAGAAAAUUUCUGGAAGCAGCUUUAGAAGCUGAUGAUGAUCUGCUGUUUUAUGAAACAUUCAAAUUUUUUGAACAAAGAAAUCAUCGAUUGAGAGGCAAGAAAGAUUUUUCCCCAGGUGAGCAGUGCGAGAAGUUUAUUACACACUACGAGGAAUUAUUUGAGGAUUUUGAGAUUAUCGCUAAAUGAAGUUCCAAUUUUAUUCGUUCAUGAUUGUUUGUUACAGUGCAAUAAUAGCAAUAUAAACUUUAUAAUGGAA